UGACUUGCCGUGACUGCUCACGUAAUCAGAUCCCAAGAUAAUCAAGCACUGUGAACACUUUGGCACGAAACCAGCAGGAUAAAGACAAGAGCAUCACCGAGUUACAGCAUACUUUAAAACGUCUUCCCGUCUCUGGCCGAAGCACGCAAGAUGGAGGCAUCGGUGGAGUUCUACCAGAUUUUCACACUCUGCAACUCUUUGGUCCUCGCUUGUGUGUUGCUGAUUGCAACAAUCGUAUGGAAAAUAGGCUUCGCUCCGUUUUCUUUUCUGAAGAACCUUGGCAUCCCUGGUCCCAAACCAUGGCCAUUCAUCGGGAAUUUGCCGAUCCUCUUCAAAAAGAAACAUGAUACUUACGCUCAGGAGUAUCUCGUCAAGACGUAUGGGCGUCUUUGUGGGUACUACCGGGGAACGCGCGCUUCCAUCCUUGUAGCUGACCCAGAGAUGGCACAACAGAUAUUGGUCAAAGAGUUCGACAAGUUUGUCAACAGAGGGGUAGUACCGCUAUCUUCCCAUAUCCCACCCACCGACAAGAACCUGAUUUCUUUGCAAGAUGACGAUUGGCGAAGAUUGCGUCACUUUGUCACUCCUACCUUCAGCGCUGUCAAGCUUAAACAGGUUGUGCCAUUGAUAAGUGAAUCCUGCAGAAUCCUGGUGCAACAACUAGGUCAAGCUUGCAAGGAUGGCAAAAGUGUGGAUGUGUGUAGAACUUACGUGAAGUUUACGAUGGAGACCAUUGUUUCUACGGCGUUUGGUAUCGACUGCCAAACACAGACAAACCCUAAUGAUCAAUUUUUAUCCAAUGCCCAACGAUAUUUUGGCAAACCAAGUCCUUUUACAAUAUUGGCAGUCCUUUUCCCGUAUCUCCAGCCCAUCAUAAGCGUGAUGGUGAGACGGCUUGGGCUAGGCAAGCAGACAGAGAUUGGUAAAUCCGUUAUGUUCAUAGUAGAUGCUGCUCGUCAGAUCAUCAAGCAUCGCCGAGAAACAGGAUCCAAAGGGAGGAAAGACUUGCUUGAGAUCCUGCUGUCGGCCGAGACGACAGACGAUGAUGGCAAGCGCAAAAACAAGCUCUCAGAUGACGAAAUCGUGGCGCAGUGUUUUACCUUCAUCUUAGCUGGCUUCCAAAACACCAGCAACACGAUGGCGCUCACGUCAUACUUACUGGCCCUCAACCCGGACAAGCAAGACAGACUCAUCGAGGAGAUAGACGACGUGGCAGCUACAGUUGGCGACAAUUUUGACUACGACACUGUUCUUGGUAUGGAGUACUUGGACAUGAUGGUCCAGGAAGCUUUGCGACUUUACCCGCCAGGAUUUAGGCUUGGUCGUACGUGCAACCAGUCAUGUAAUAUCAACGGCCAGUUCUUUCCCAAAGGCUGCCUCGUGAUGAUCCCAGUGUAUGCCAUUCACAGGGACCCCGAGAUCUGGCCAGAACCGGAGAAAUUUCAGCCUGAAAGGUUUACCGCCGAAGCCAAGCAAGCUCGUCACCCGUACGCUUAUCUGCCCUUCGGCGAAGGUCCUCGUAAUUGUAUUGGAAUGAGGUUUGCCUUACUUAAAGUAAAGAUGGCGCUGGUCUACAUUCUCAGGCACUACCGUCUGGAGAGAUGUCCUGAAACAGAAGUUCCUCUCCAGCUUCAAGGCUUUAUCUCGAUGAGCCCUAAGCACGGGAUGCACCUCAGAAUCACAAAGCGUUAGCUACCAGGGUUACAAAACCAGCCCUAUUCACGGCAUUUACCUCAAUCAAUCAAUCAAUCAAUCAAUCAAUACUUUAUUCGCAUUUCUAUAAUUCUUAAUUUAUACAUUAUUUGUUUUCAAGACUAUAUCUCAUUUCAAUUUUCUAUGUUUAAAUUUUGAGUCAGUCCAGGAAGAAAUAUAGUAGUAUAAUUGUAAGAAAAUGCCUAGGGCCUAAAUGAACCAAAAUGGUUUCCGAGUUGGGUCCCUAGCCAAAACUUGUCGUGAAUUUAAAAAUAUAGCCUUAGAACACACAUACAAAAAAUAAACAAGCGAAAAAGCACACAAAACACAUAGCAAGAAGCACACAUGGGGAGGGUUAGAAUUUUAUGUCAAGUGUUCCAUUUUGUUUUAAUCAUAAAUAACUUUCGGCCUUUUUGCAAAACAUAUUUUUAUUAAGUUGUUUUAGAUCAGGGGGCAGUUUUUCCCAGAGAUUAGUCGCUAUAACAGAAAGUGUUUGUUUACCAGUAUUUGUCCUAAAACGAGCUUUGUAUAGAUUGUCAUUGGCUGCAUAACGGGUAUUAUAAGAGUGAAUGUCCUUAGCGUAUUUGAAAGAGUUGUCAAAGAUAGGGGGAAGAUGUUGCUUGUGCCAGCCAUGUAUAAAUUUUAAAGUUUGGAGUUCAAAAAUGUGAUUUACUGUUAGGAUAUCUAAAAGGUUCAAGAGUGGUAAAGCACUUUCUGUAUUUUCACCAAAUAAAGUUGAGAAGAAAAUUA